AUGAAGGCCCUCCCGUCGCUCGCGGGCAACACACCCUCGGCCGCAUCCUCCCCCGCCCGCCCCUCGACUCUCGCCAACCCGCUCGUCUCGUCGACCAGCCCACCGCCGAGCGAGGAGCCAUCGCCGACUGACUUGCUCCUCGCGACGCCGCCGACCCUCCUCAAGCUCUUCGCACUCUCGGCUCCCGUCAUCCAUGCCGGAGCGACCUUUGUCCAGCUCGUCACCUGGACGCACCCCUCGUUCUUCGGCUCGCUGCUCGUUCUCCUCGGCUGGUGGGCAGUCUGCCUCUUCGGGUACUGGGUCGCGCUGUACGGCGUGAACGCGGCGGUCCUCGUCUUCAUCCUUCGCGGGUACCUCUCCGCCCGACGAGCCAAGACGUCCGCUUCGUCGUCCAUCCGCCACAGGUCCCGCUCAGCGACACUCUCACCCGCCGCCUACGCCCAGCUCAUCAACUCGGCGCACAUCCUCGCCGAACAGGUCCAGUCCUUCCGCACCGGCGUCAUCCACCCUCUCUCGCUUCACUUCAGCUUCACCCCUCUCCGGCCCUCGACGCCCGCACCAGCCUACGCGACCGCGUGGCUUUGCCUCACCUCGUACCCCUUCUACCUCGCCUUGACCUACUUCGUCCCCCUCAAAUACAUCUUCCUCGUCCUCGGCUCGGUCGCAAUCCUCUGGCAGGCACCGUUCUUCACCACCCUCCGCACGCUCUUGUGGCGCAGUGCGUUCGUGCGAUGGACAUUCAGGCUGUUCCUUGGCGUGCUGCGGGGCGGAAAGGGUGUGCGCAAGGAGGUGCGCAGGACGAAGAGCGGGAUCGGCAUUCCCGGCUUGAUUGGCUCGCAGGCUGCCCAGCUCGGUGGGCGCGGCGGGACGGCCAAGGGCGCUGUAGUGGUCGAGGAGAAGUCGGUCAAGAAGCCGCGGAGCAGUAGCGUCGUCAGCAGCGCGAAGAGCUCGCCGCCUCUCGCGACAGCUGGUUCUGCUGCACCGGUUGUUGCGCCGGAGAAGGUAGCGGAAGAGGCGGCGCUCGAGGAGGACAUUGCCGUGCAGGGAGACGAGGAGGACAUCCAGGUCCAGUUUACGGUGUUUGAGAAUCAGCGGUGGUGGGUCGGGUUGGACUGGACGCAUGCGCUCUUGCCGGGCGAGCGGGCGAGCUGGACGGACCCGGACAACAACCCCGCCAACCCUCCUUCGUCCUUCGUCCUUCCCGCUCCUUCGGUGGCCUAUAUCCCCUCGCCAACCAAGUCCGACCCGAACUCCCGCCUCAAAAAGACGACCGAAUGGCGCUGGCUCGACCCAGAGUGGCACGUCCUGCGCUCGGCCGUCGCGUCCGUCUCGCUUCCAGCGGCAGGAGCAGGUGGUCCUCCCGUCUCGCCCGCGUCGCCUGAAAGCAGUGCGGUAGCCGCAUCUCCUCCUUCCCCUACCCUCUCACGCAUCCUCGGAUCCGCCUCGUCAGCCGUCGCAUCCGCCACCUCUUCCUCCGCGCCUAUCUCCUCACCCGGCGCUAUCGCCUCUCCAUCCUUCACAACCCCCACAGCCGCCGGUCUAACCUACACCGACUCGACUCUCUUCGCCUCCUGGUCGGUCGACGACGAAGGCUGGCAGUACGGCGACAACCAUUUCGAGAAGAUGGGACCGCGAGGCGGGUUGGGGCGAUACACGCGUCGAAGGGCAUGGGUGCGUAGGGCGGGACUGGUAGAGCGCACAGAGAGAGUCAGCGGGCCUGCGUCUGUUGCGAAUGGGGUUGCGUCACCCGCAGCAGCGGGGGAGAAGAAGAGGGAUGGGACGGCGUCGGGCGAGGGGGAGAAGAAGGAGCGUAGGCAGAGUUCGACGAGGAGGGCGAGCGGGUCGCGGAACGCCUCAGCUUCGGGGGUUGCGAGGAGCGAGAGUACGAGGAGGCGGAAGGUCGUGCCGCCUGCAGGGGAGAAAGUGGCAGGGGAGGGAGUAGCAGCGGGCGGUGGCUGA